AUAGUUCUUUUUCUUUGUGAAAUGGGCGUCCAUAGUGAUCCAACAGGUUCCUCCAAAAUGGCCAAUAAUGCAAAGAACUUGAGAGGACAGCUGGGACUUAGGAGUAGUGCACUGGCCCCAACUUCCAGCAAACUGACGACCCAGUACAUGGUCAUGGACCACAUGAAAAAUCACUACAGCAAAAUCACCAAUGCUAAACCGGCCAUUGACAACAGAGCACCCAAGAGUAUUUCAACAAGUCAGAAAGUAAGAGACAAAAACACAAGAGAAGGAAAACGUCGUCCUGUAUCAGCCAUGUCUGUAAACUACCCAGUACGUCCGUACUCAGCUAUGACUGGCCAUGAUGAGGAUAUUUAUGAUGAAGAUCAGUGGGGCGAUGUUGAUCCUGAUGAUGAAGUUGAAAAACAAGUAAGGGAGAUAAUGCGUAUGAAGCUCCAGACAAAGUCAGCAAAUCAGAUCCGCAGUGCAAAUGCCACUUAUGGUGGUUCUCCAUAUUAUUCCAGUAGACUUGACCACACUGGCCACCCUCGUCCAGCCUCUGCUCGAUCAUCAGCUCGGUCAGUCCACUCUGCCAGGUACAGUAUGGGGGGGACUGCCAUGCCUACAAAGACCAUCAGCCAGAAGACAUAUGAUGGGGAUGUCAUUGAUAAACACAAUCAUGUAUUCACUCAACCAGAAAAACCAUUCACUCCCCGUCUCUUGAAAUCAAAUCGUGUGUCCCGCAUAGCACAAAGCAAAUACUACACUGCUCCUCCACAAAAGAGGGAAACAAAUGAAAGCACAAAUGCCAAAGAAGUAGAGACUACAUCAUCAAACCCGAAACCCAGGGCCAAACCACGCAAGAGUGCUCCACUGGACAAAUCUGGUGAGAUGACUGAUACACUAAUGUUUGAGUCUCUACAGAGUAGAGAUUUCUCUAGGUAUAGUGAUGAGAGAGAGCAGGUCGUUCCAAGGCUAGACAUUUCUUUGGACAAAGAUAAUAUGAACUGGAUAAAGGAACAGGCAAUGAAAGCGGAAUUCCGAUCCAAGAGUGGAAAUCUCCGAACUGGAAUGUCUCGCAUCAAUGAGGACCAGAUGCUUGAUUCUACUGACUUGGAACAGACUGGCAAUAUGACUCUGACUGGGGGAUCCCUUAACAAAACAACACGAUCUUUUGGUACCAAAACACUUCACAGCAGCCAGAGACUGAAUACAGACUUUAACAAUCUAAAGAAACCAGCCAAAGGAAAAAGGGAAGAAGAGCUACAGUAUGUGGAGUUCAUUAAGGAGGUCACAGAUGAUGUUCUCAAUCGAGGGGUGUUCACAGACAGAGUGCUGAAGCAGGUGUUUGAGUCUCACAUAGCUAAGAAGAAAGGCAAAUUAAAUGAGGAAAAGAUGCGCUCAAUGCUCAGUCAAGUGCGACAGGAUUUGGAUAUCAAGGAUGAAUCAGAGGGUGCUGAUUUCUCACCACUGGACACAACUUCCUCCCUAGAGUCAAGACUCCACACCAAGUAUAGUCGUGGGAGAAUCGGGGAGCAAACGUUUGGAUCCACUAUGGACUCUCAAAACACAUAUAACUUCAGAGACACCUCAUCAGGGGAUAUGUUCAGCACCAUCCACUCUGAGAAUGAUGAUCUAUCUGCUACACAGGCACUCAAGAGCUACCAGUUAGACAUUACAAGGCAUGUAGAAAAUGAUGAAGGGAAUGAGAGUCCAGGAGAAAUUGUCCAGUCUGAUGAUGAACUGGGAAAGACAGCUCAUGGCAUAGAGGUUGAUAACAAAUCUGUUAAAUCAAGCAAGUCUGCAAAAUCAUCCAAGUCAGCUCACAACAGUGCUCAUCUUCCUGAUGACAGAUCUGUUAAGUCGGGAAAGUCAUCAGGUCAACGGAGUGUAAAAUCAUCCAACCAUAUCCAGGAUCAUCAGUCUAUAAAGUCUGAAAAAUCGCAAACAAGUCAGAAGAGUGAGGGCUUUAAACCAGCACCCCGACCCAGGGCCUUGUCUCAAAAUGAGGAUUUCACAGAAUCAUCAGAAAAUCAGUCCACAAUACAUGGAGAUGAUGAUGAGGAUGCGGAGUAUGAGGAGUCGGGUACAGAAGAUGGGAACAAGACCACUCACAGGACCGAGGAGGAGGACUUCUAAAGCAUGGACUCCAUCACUAGAGGAGCUGUUUUAUUAUGCCAUAGGUUUCAGGAAAAAAUUUAUAUCCAGUCAGAGAGUUUAUAGCUGCACAUUUUGCAGACAUUCUGAUUUUAUGGAUCAUUAAAUGUACAUAUUGGGGUUAUUGUAGAUAUUAGGAGGUUAUACACAAAAAAAAGUUAUUUUUCUACAACAAAAAUGUUUUCGCUACCAUAGGUCAUAAGUAUUAAGCAGACAUUUUUGAAGAAUUGUUUAGUGACAAUAAAGGUUUUGACAUUUAGUCAAUAAGAUACAUAGAAUGAUGUCUUACUGAAUCUGACUUCUACAAGGAAUUCUGGUUAAUUUCUUUUCGGGAUGCUCUGUAGAUAUCAGUGUUAGAUGAAAAUGUAUGAAACUGUAUCAUAUACAUGUAUGUAUCCGCCUCAGUGAUAGGUUUAAAUUUGACAACAAAAGAGCAUGACAUUCACUUUAAGUUCUACAGGAAUGUGAAUAUUUCUUUACAAUUCUUGUACAGUACUUUGUUUUUACUUGGUAGAUCCAGGAUUGUGUUUAAUAUUAAGACAAUACUGUUCUUUAUUCAAGUUUUUCAAGGAGCAGCAUUUGGCAAGUUUCAGCAUCUAUAUGUACACAUAUCUACAUUAAGCAUUAGUUUUAUAUUAAAUGCAAACUAAGGCCAAUGUCAAAACUUUGGUUGGUUGCCCUCUCCCGACCAACUGGUUAAAAAUGGCCCGAUUGAAACCUUUUUUUUAGCCUCCAGUAAGCAAUUUUUUUUAUGCAUUCCGGAAAAUAAAUUUUGAAAAUUCAGCAUUUAUUUUGAAAUUUUCUUUGAAAAAAAAAUUCUCACCUACUUACCGACUCAAUUUUGUCAUCCUGAGUCGGGAGAAGGCAAGCAAACAUUAUUUUAAAGUUGGCCAAAGUUAUUUACAUUAAGGAUUUUAAGGAGGGUUGUGUAGACCAUAUUUGGUAUAGAUACUCGGAGUCACAUAGUGUUUCAUUUUUCCUCAUUAUUAGUUUCAAUCAU